AUGGAUUAUCAAUUAAAUUUAAAAAAGACUCCGUCACCCGUAUCAUUAGCAGCCGACCGUUCUCUCCAUGGAAGAAAACUUCAAUAUCAAGAAAGAAUUGGUGAACAUGCAAUAUUACCGUCUUCAACAACAUUAUUACCUACAUAUUUAACAGCUGAUCCAUGGAAACCAAUGACAAUUACUGAUACCUUGAAAGUUGAUGAUGGUCAUAAAAGACAGGAUAUGGAAUUAAAAAAUAUUGGUAAAAUGGGUAUUAUGAAACGAAAACAAUUUCUACAAAAACGAGAUUUUAGUCGAUCACAUGAGAAAAACAUUUUAAUUACGAUUUUAGUGGCCCCUUUUCUUAUUGAUAUUGUAUAA